AAAAUAGCGCUGUAGUUUGUGUGUUGUUAUUAAAAAAGUUGCCUUUUAAUUUAAAAAUAAAUAAAUUACUGAUCCUAGAGUAUAUUUAAGUAGAAGGAGUGAUGAAAAUAGCCGUCGAAGGUUGUGCACAUGGUGAAUUGGAGAUUAUUUAUGAAACUAUAAAGUUUAUAGAAGACGCAGAAGACAUUAAAGUAGACUUGUUAAUAUGUUGUGGCGAUUUUCAAUCAACCAGGAAUCAACAAGACUUAAGAUGUAUGGCUAUACCUAAUAAAUAUUAUAAUCUAGGUUCGUUUUAUCAAUACUACAAUGGCGAAAAGAAGGCGCCAAUUUUAACAAUAUUUAUUGGAGGAAAUCACGAGGCAUCCAAUUAUUUACAAGAACUACCUUAUGGUGGUUGGGUUGCACCAAAUAUUUAUUAUUUGGGCUAUUGUGGUGUUAUAAAUGUGAAUGGAAUAAGGAUAGGUGGCAUUUCCGGCAUAUACAAAGGUAACGAUUAUUUUAAAGGCCGUUAUGAAAUUAUUCCUUAUGAUAACAAUUCCAUCCGAAGUGUCUAUCACAUUCGUCAAGUGGAUAUAUUUAGAUUAAAACAAUUAAGUUCUAACAUAGAUAUCUUUUUAUCUCAUGAAUGGCCCGCUGGGGUUUGUGAAUACGGAAAUGUUGUUUCACUCAAUAAAAUAAAACCUUUUUUAAGGAAAGAUAUAGAGUCUGGAAAAUUGGGAAAUAAACCGUGUGAGGAGUUACUAAAAGAUUUAAAGCCCACAUACUGGUUUUCUGCACAUUUACAUUGCAAAUUUGCUGCAUUAAUUUCUCAUAAGGAUAAGAAAGUAACAAAGUUCUUAGCUUUAGAUAAGUGUUUGCCAAAAAGAAAAUUUUUACAAAUAUUCGACGUGCCUCACAGUGAUAAAAAAAAAAUAAAAUUGAGUUAUGAUCUUGAAUGGUUAACUGUACUGUUUUUAUCGAAUCAUUUAUUACACGUAAAAAACUCCAGUAUAUUCAUGCCUGGUCCUACAUCUAAUGAAAGAUGGCAAUUUACACCUACAGAAGAGGAAAAAAAAAUAGUUUUAUCUAAGUUGAACGGAGACCUUUUAAUACCUGAAAACUUCACAAAAACUGCACCAUUUCAAAACGAAAUUACUAAAGAAAUGGCCACUCAACUUCCUAAAUUAUACCGAAAUAGUCAAACAACUCACUUUUGUAAGAGAUUAGGAAUUUCUGAUCCGUUAGAAAUUGUUUUAACAAAAUAUGAUCAACAAAACUCUGUCUUAAGUGGAAGUGAUUUGACAGGGAAUUGGAGUGAUAUGGAAAGUGAUAUGGAUGUAGAUUCGUCUGAAAAUCUAAUAAACUGUACCUCAAUGAAAAGCAUAAUUCUUCCCGAUCCAAUUAACAGUAGCUCUGAAGUUAACGUAACUGACGAACAGUUGCGUUGUUUUGAAAGUUUAGCCGGAUCUUCAGAUUGCAUGGGCCAAGACAAUUAUGAAAAAAGUAUGGAAAAGGUGAACAAAUCGGAUGGUUUUCAAGGGCCUGUUGAUUCACCAACAGCCAAAAAGUUUAAGAGAAGGAAUGGUAGUAUUUAUUGCAAUAAUGACUAAUUGUGUAUGAAGCAGUCAAAUAAAAUUUGUACAGCAAAAA